AUGUCCGAAGACUUUUUGAAGAUCUCACAUAUAAGCCGGAGGCGCAUGGUUCAUCAGGCAACCUGGCCACAGCUUCCUCGCCAAGCAAGGUGGAGGAGGCAGGUGUUUUUUUUUCAUAGCCCUAAAACCAAACUUCAGGAAGCAGUUGAGACCGAUGUUAUGGAGCACAUGUUCUCAGGUCGCCGUGAGACAUUUGAAAACGGGGUACGAGACCCCCUUAAAGCCAUUGCAGAUGGUUUGGCAAACUCAAGUCGGAGUUUAACCAGAAAAGAAAGGGUGCAAACACAUCAAUCGAGUAGCGUACGAUUUUCGCUCUUAUGGAUGGUCAUCCAUCAAGGCCACAAGUCGGAUGCGGAGUACCUGCUCAGUGAGCACAAUCAAAAACUGCAUACCAGGAAUGAUUGGCUGCAAAGAACAGUUCUCCAUCAGGCCGUAUCAGACAAAGACUCGGAUCUGAUACGCGAUAUCUUCGAAAGGAGCUCCUCCACAUCACCGCAUACAUACAUCGAUGUCGGAGAUUUUGCAUCCAGGACAGCAUUACAUAUUUUGGUUGUCGAUUCAGUUUUCGGCAAUCCAAAGCCUGAAACCCUACAAAAGACUUUCGUUAUUUUCGAUUCACUAUCUCUACAUGGCGCCAAUCUAAAUGCCUUAGAUGCGGACUUCAGGACACCCCUUCACUUGCUGUUAUCAUUAACCCUUUUGUGGAAAGACUGGGACCCCGAGUAUCCUUCCCGUACUCUUCUGGAUCCCUUUUUUCUGUUGGAUAGAUUCCUACAGGCUGGAGCAGAAGUAAACACCAAAGACAUCGAAGGAAAAUCACCUCUUCACAUCGCUUGUGAAUUAGGAGAUCUAGAGGCAAUCAAGAAGUUGAUCCGCAAGGGUGCCGAUCUAGAAAGUCUAAAUCAUGAUUGGAAGACCCCUAGACUGGUUUUCUCAGACUAUCAUGGGCGAGACGAAGGCUUCUGGAAGGAUAUGGCUAGACUGUCUCGUGAACAGCUGAAGACCGCCUCAGAUCCAUCUGCCUCAUCGCAGAGACCUUCAUGGAGACACAACAGAAUUUCCAAUGUAGCAAAGACUGUAUGCAAAAAGUCCGCUAUCUAUUGUCGCUACCAAUGGAAUGAUCUCGCUACCGAGAGCAGGGAUCCGUUACAUUGGACUGCAACAGAUAAGUAUGUAUCCCAUGUAUUUGAUCCAAAGUAUCGGUCAGAAGACACCACGUUUCUGGGUGAGUGCGACAAGGAAUGCCAACGCGCCUGGAAUGAUUCUCUCGAACCGUUUCGAGGAAAGCGUGACGAAGAUGAUCAUGAGCACAAACCCCCAGCUGGAAAAGCAGCAGCUGUUGAUAGCAGCGUCACAUGGGCUAACUACACAUGGAGAUGGGUCAACUUCCCUGCAAAUAAUGUGAGAUACUGCCACAUGGAUAUUCUAUCUGAGGGCACUCGGCUAACGUCUUUCUUCUUACAGAUUACAUGGAUUAGGGACAAUUCGAAAACGAGCACCAGUGCCUGGCACUUUUUUGACGAUAAGAUGAAGGUCCACGACAUGAGAAACAAUGGCUUUCCUAUAAGGGUACCCCAUGCUUCUGUGAGUCACGAUUCCAUGUCAGGGACUUGGAAUAUCGAAGCUUCCUCGUUUCGAAUGAUAUGGUUCAGAGCACUACUAAGAAGGCAACAGAUGACCCAACUAGCCCCCAACCCGUCUAAGAAUGAUCGUAUCGAGAACAACCAAAUCGUAUCAGUAGUAUCUCUUGCGAUUCCAUUUCUAGAUAUUGAGGUUGAAAGCCCAUAUCGUUCUAUAGCAACGCAGAUUGAAGAAGCCUACUCACCUUUCACUGGGUUUGAUGGAGUGCAGAUGUCGCAAACCCUGGACCAGACCGCAAUCAACGCCGAGAGUCGGUCGAAAUUGCGGAAAAGGGAGAACCAAGUCAUUUACAGGUGGUCGCAAAGCAAGAGCUCUGAACAAGAAAAGCAACUUCCACUAGAUUUAACCGUUCGAAAUCCAAAUUCCAAACUCGCAUCUUUCCUCCGAAAUAUGAGAGAAAAGAUCGAGAACUAUGACAAAAAAGAAUCGAAAGGCUCAUCUUCAGGCCGCGUGGGGCGAGGCGGUCGUGGCGAAAGGGCUGGCAUUUCACCUGAGAUACAGAGUAUCCGCAAGGAUCGCCGCCCAAAAUGGCUGAUGGUUCGGCAGCUUUGGCUCUGGAAACUAAACGACGGCACCAUUCUUUCAUCAAUACCUUUACGCACAAAUGUAUGCAUGGCAAAUGACUUACUUCAAACCAUUCAACAGAGCCGCCUUGAUAAGAUUUCUGGAGUCGACGAUCUUGUGAAGCACAUUCUGGAGGAAACAAUCAACUUCCCAGAUAAGUACUUGCGGGCCGGGCUCGGUGAGCAUAAACUUGACGUAUUCAAAAGUGAGAUCGCCUCUGAGGCAGACAAAGAAGCCACUUUCUUUAACAACUUCGCCCAAAAUGACUGGGAUUCUAAACACGCUAACAGCGCGAUCGACUGCACCUGGCGUGUGAAGGAUAUUCUAGACGAGCUGCGCCUCAUCAAGAAUGUCUUUUUGAGCCAGUUGGAGGUUGUCAAUCAAUUUUCCACGGUUCUUAACUUACAGCAAGCAGAUAGGCCCGAAGAUAUUGCUUACAUUACUACUCUCACGUCAAAAGUGCAAAACAUGAUAGAUCACAUCACUCGUAUGGAGAAAGACGCAGAGAAGACAAUUGAAAGUGCAAUGCUAUCCCAGGCGUCGUUGAAAGAGGCAGAGGAGGCACGUCUGAUGAACAUUCUCCUCUUGCCAUUCACUCUCGUUACUGUUAUCUUUACUCCUCUAUCGUUCAUGACAAGUCUUUUUGCUGUCAACUCGGAUGGCUUCCCGCAUAACGAGGACGGCGAGAUUCGCAUACCAUCAGAUUGGUUCUGGCAGAAGAUGGAUUGUGACUAUGACACCACUUGUGAUCUUGGUACUGAUCCUGUAUUUUUCGGGAAGGGGUUCUGGAAACAGGUCUUGAGAAUCAUUAGUCGAGUUGGUAGCAGUCUAACAUCGCUCGCCAGGCUUAUUAUCGUUAGCGUCGUUGAGGGACCUUUUAUGGUCGAUAUUGAAGGAUAUGCAUCGGAAGUCUCGAGUGAUCAAAUUGAAAGGAUAACUUGGUUCAUAACUACCGGUAAUCAUAUUAUUUAUCUAUAUUUAAAUUGGAGUUUUAGAAUUCGUAAAAUGCCCUGUCUAUCAUGUCAAUAA